UACGAGAGAUAGCCAGACAGGGCCUUUCGAAAAUAGACGGGACCCCUUUGACCCCUUUCCCAUAUCCCCUCCCUCCUCUCCUUCUCUCUCUGUCCCCCUUUCAGACCCCCUCCCUUCUUGCUCGUCUCGCAGCGUCAUAGUUGUACCUCGCGUCCGCCGCCAAGUCCGCACCAAGUGUACAAAACUGGACCACAGAGAACCAGAGAAAACACUCCAAUAAGCACGGCGCGUUACCGACAACAGAAAACGACCAAGGGAAGGGGGAGUGGAGAAUUCGGAGGGCGAACGACCGGUGGAGAUACCCAACAAAUACCGAGCUGACGAUGAGUCGCAGCAUCGUACGACAGAGUAAGUUCCGGCAUGUCUUCGGACAGGCGGGGAAGACGGAGCAGGGCUAUGAUGACAUUCGCGUUUCCAAGGUGACGUGGGACAGCUCGUUCUGUGCCGUCAACCCAAAGUUCCUGGCCGUCAUUGUGGAGUCCAGCGGGGGCGGAGCCUUCCUCGUCCUGCCCCUCUCUAAGAUGGGUCGUCUGGAUAAGAACCACCCUUUGGUGACUGGCCAUACUGGGCCUGUCCUGGACAUCGACUGGUGCCCUCACAACGACAACAUCCUGGCAUCCUGCUCAGAGGACACCACAGCCAUGGUGUGGCAGAUCCCUGACCAGAUGGGGACCCGGCCCAUAUCAGAGCCCAUCGUGGUCCUGGAGGGACACUCCAAACGCGUCGGCAUUGUCACCUGGCACCCCACUGCACGCAACAUACUACUCACUGCAGGCAGUGAUAACCUGAUAAUAAUCUGGAACGUGGGAACUGGCGAGGCGCUCAUCUCCAUGGACGACCACCCAGACCUCAUCUACAAUGUCAGCUGGAACCGUAACGGCAGCCUGUUCUGCACCACCUGUAAGGACCGACGCCUCCGUGUAUGUGACCCCCGCAAGAGAGAGGUGGUCGCGGAGAGGAUGGCUCCACACGAGGGGAUCCGACCGAUGAGGGCCAUCUUUACCAGAGACGGAAACCUGUUCACUACCGGCUUCACUAGGAUGAGCCAGAGAGAGCUGGGCUUGUGGGACCCGACAAGUUUUGAGGAGCCUAUUGCACUGCUGGAGUUGGACACAAGUAACGGUGUGUUGUUACCAUACUACGACCCAGACACCAACAUGGUUUACCUCUGUGGAAAGGGGGACAGUAGUAUCCGGUACUUUGAGAUAACAGAGGAGCCUCCCUAUGUCCACUACCUCAGUACCUUCAGCAGCAAGGAGCCUCAGAGGGGGAUGGGCUUCAUGCCUAAGAGAGGGGUGGAUGUCAGCAAGUGUGAGAUCGCCAGGUUAUAUAAGCUUCAUGACAAGAAGUGUGAGCCCAUCGCCAUGACAGUACCUAGAAAGUCAGACCUGUUUCAGGAUGACCUGUACCCAGACACGGCGGGUUCAGACCCGGCUCUGGAGCCAGAGGAGUGGCUGGAGGGGCGAGACGAGGACCCCAUCCUCCAGUCCUUGAGAGAUGGCUACGUUCCCCCUAAGAGCCGCGAGCUCAAAGUGGCCAAGAAGAACGUUCUGGACUCCAGACCCACCACCAGACGCAGCAUGUCCUCCUGCGACGGCUCAGCCAACCUGCCUGGCACAAUACAAGAUUGCAGAAAGACUUCGCACCAACAUCGCCGGACUGGUCCAUUCCAGGUGCUCCUGACAACCCAGACAGAGGUGAAGGUUGCAGAGGUCUACGUGGGUUCACGCCAGCUACUGCAGGAUGGUGCUCCACAACCCAGACAAAGAUGUACCAGCUGAUGGAUCGUCAUAGGCGACCCCAGUGGCCAUGGGAGGACCAAGACCAGACUACGCAUCAUGUUUAUUGCUUUCGUGGUCAGACUUAUCAUUGCAGCUGUUGUAUGGGCCCUGGGAGAAGUGGCCACAAUGCAACUGAAGUAUACAACACCAGCAUAGUCCCACGGUGGACUUAAAUAACACCCGCUCCAGCUCGAGCCAACGUCAGGCUCAGGACGGGUGUCCAGCAAACAAUAGCCGCCCCAUUUCUAGAAGAAGCAGUAGGUCCAUGCUGAACUGUGGUAGUAUGGACAGUGUCAAUGUGAUGAUUGUCCUCUUUGUACAGACAAAGAGUGUACUCCUGUGUAACUGUUUAAAUUAUUUGUAACUGUUUAAAUUAUUCCCUUAAAUGUUUUGCACCAUGAAGGGAAAAAAACUAAACGGAAGCCAUUGACAAAGAUAAUGUACUGGUUAAGUGUGCCUUAAAUGUACUGUAAGAGAGCCUACAAUGCUUUAUAUUUUGCUUGUUUGAAGUUUUGCUUAGAUUAUGACAAUUGGCUUACAUUAUGAAUUAUUACUUACAUGCUUACUUGUAAUUUUGUAUAGUUUGAAAUUAGUCUCAAAGCGGAGGAAUAUGAUGGGGAAAAUUACAAACUCUUAUGCACAUGCGCUGUAUAAGCCUUAAACCUGUACAUUUUCACAGUCCAUUUCUGUCAUGGAAGAAGAAGCCAGGAUUUUUCCUCUCUUGUUUGAGAGUAACUUUGUCUUUGGCCAUGUGACUAAGGGCUGCCUGAUUGUGACCGGUUUCUGGUCCAUCCUGUUAUUUUCAUGUCUUUCAAGGGCACAGCUGUGUGGAGAUAUGAAGAGAACAGACGCUAGCUUGAGCAGUAGUAACAAUUCUAACAGCAGAAAGGAGUAACAAAACUGCCGUUAUCACUUGUUUGUAUGCUAUGUUCCCAUCAUGAUCUCACACAUCUGCUAAACUGCCACGUAGACAAAGGUUAUAAAAGCUGAGACCCAACUCUGAGACCCAAGCUUAACUCUGCAAUGUUGAGUGGAUUGUUCACUGCUCCAGAUUUUGAAUAAAAAGUUGUUGUUUGAAGAA